ACUCGGCACGCGGAACCAGCCAACGACCCUGCAGAUAAAGGUGAAGGCUGAUUUGCAUAUACAGCGCUGUGAGUUCCGGGAAGCUCCUCUCACAGGAAGAGUGAUCACACACCUGCGCAGGUAACUCACACAGCAGGAGAUGGUGUAUUGUUGAUGCUGUUUCAGUAAGAGUGGGACUGAGGCUGUAUUACAUAAUCUCUGCUGAAUAAAGGACCUGCACAGCGAUGACAUCAUUUACAGAUGUGUCCUGUUGUCACCCAAGUGUCCCGGUUGAGAUGGACGAGUCGAUGACCUCAUCAUCGCUGAACCUGGCCUGGCCGGUGUGUGAGCAGUGUUCGGGACAAGCUAACUGUGUUAACGUCACUGUGAACGAUGUAGCUAAAGUGGAUUACCCAGAAGGCUCCCUAAGGCAUCCAGAGUCUAGAUCAGAAAUCACCAAACCUGUCUAUCCUUUAGCCACACCCCCCUCUGACAGACAUUGGAUGUCACGUGAGGCUAUGGAUGGAUAUUUACACCACCCAUACCGUCCCCCAGUGGCCAACCCUGACAGUUACAGACAGCGCCCCCGUAUGGAUGACCUGUGUGAGGGUUUCUCUGCUCUCUUCCCUCGCGAGCAGAGGAAUCCUCCUAGGGAGGAUGAUGAGGAAAGCCUGGAGAUGCCUGGCCCUCUCCGAUCAGAUGUUGAGGGCAUUGAGUAUAGACUGGCAAAUCACUAUAGACACCCUGGGCAUGAUGGACACUGCCAGCUGCCAGCCAAUGCUAUGGACGCUCGAUGCCCCAGGGGUUGCCACCGUCAGCAGCCCCCAGUAAAUCCUGCCUGGUUUGAUCAAAACCCACAACCCAGGCCAUCCCCACAUGUUCACAAGGUUCCAGUGGCGACACCACAGGCCACGUCCACGGCUCCUGUGAGAGAGCUGAUGUCGGAGGUGUGCGUCCAGCCGUCUCAGCCAAUCACAGGCCCCACACCCAUGCAGGAAAUGAGGAGGACCAUUAGUCUCCCUGACAAUUGCCGAAAUGUGUUUAUCACCUAUUCUGUGGACACGGCAAAGGAGAUGUUCCCGUUUGUGAGAUUCCUGAUGAGUCAAGGCUUCAGACCUGCUAUUGAUAUCUUUGAUAACGCUGUGCGGCAGAUGGACAUGAAUAAGUGGAUGGAUAGCUAUUUAAAGGAUAAAUCUGUGCUCAUUAUUGUGGUCAUCAGUCCCAAAUACAAGAUUGAUGUGGAAGGGGAUGGGUCAGACCAACACGGACUACACACUAAAUACAUAUACACACAGAUCCAGAACGAGUUUAUCCAGCAGCGUUGUCUGAAUUUCAGACUCGUCCCUGUACUCUUCCCCAAUGCCAACCAGAGUCAUGUUCCGAUGUGGCUGCAGAGCACCCGGCUUUUCCACUGGCCUCAGGACGCUCAGGAACUGUUGUUACGGCUGCUGAGAGAAGAGAGAUAUAUCCCUCCUCCACUGGGGAAGGAGCUGACCAUUACCAUCAAACCAUUAACAUCUCACAACUAACACUAACCUUUAAACUGCUGUGCAGUAUCAUAUAAACACUGGUGAAAAAAAUGGUGAAAAAAUCUUAAUAAGCACAAUCGUUCAACUUUUUAAAACCACAGAGAUUUACCAAACAAUAAAAAUCUGGAUGUGUCCAGCGUUAGUUAGUGACAUUUACCUAGCAUUUCCUAUUAUAAACUAAAGAAGCACUAUUCGGAUAUUAAAUAUGAUUUUCUUAGGGUCAGAGUUCAGUCAUGAUAUAUUAAUUUGUAAGGGACGCUGGCAGUGAAGCUAGCUAUAAUUCCAGAUUUCAAAGUAGCACUUAGCAGUUAGCAUGAUCUGUGUUUUUAAGUUCGUCUAGUUUUUUUGUGCCAAAUUAACAUUAAAAAACUAAAAUAGUGCAUACUUCACUAUCAGCUCCUAAAAUACAACUAUGUUUCUACUAACAUACACGUGUACUCAAUACUCUAAAAGUGGAGAACUAUUUUUCAACAGUUUAGAAGAGCCAUAUCUGAGGUUUUAGUCUUAUAACACUUUAACCAGCCAAAAACCAUUCAGGUGUUUUUUAUUGUCUUUUCAUGGCACAAUAAAGUUAAAAAAAUUAUAAAUGUACAUAUAUUUACCAAAAAAUAAUCGUUCAACAGCCUAUUUUGAACAUGUAUGUCAUCACUGUAGCGCUCCAGUUCACACAGUCCAUACAUUGCAAGAGAAAAGCCCUCUGCAAUGCAGUAACAGCAUCUUACCACAAGAUGUCCCUCAUGUUGUACAGCAGUUACAUACAUCCUGUACUUAUAUAAAAAUGUGUUCUAGGUUAUAAAUAGGUUCAUAUGGAGAUUGUAUAUGAAAAAGUGAAAUUUAUAAUUAUUGUUGAUUAAUUGAUUUCUUAGCACAAAACAUAAUUUGAUUUCUGCAGUUAUCUAAUUAAUUAAUUGGUGAUGUUAACAGCAUACUCUGAGUUUUACAGUUGGUUAAGGCCAAGAAAUCUGAUUAAGAAAUAUGAUUUCUAAACAAAUGAAUAAGCUCAGUCUGCACUUCCAGAUAGAACUAAGAUAAGACUACACUACACUAUAUCUGCUUUAUAAGCACUGUACUUUGUGCACACUUUUAAAAUGCUGUUAAAAUUAUACUGUGCCACAAUAAAAUACUGUAUAUUAAAAUUACAGUGUCUAAUUGG